UCAUUCGGUGUCCAUCAGCCACGCCAACCUUACCCCACGUUUUCUUAAGAGGGCACGAGACAAAACGUCUUGGAAUCGAACGUACUGCUUUGUUCUGCACAAUGUCUUGAAAACAACGAGUCAGGCCACGCCCCGUCCAAUCUCUACAGUGGUUUCCUCGAACGAUCCAAGCGCAGCCAACUUUCGACAUGGAGAACUUCGAUCAGGCGUCCGGGCAUAGCCUGGAGAAGCGAUACUACCCGUACCCAAACAGCCUGGAUCCGCUCACGCCACUCUAUCGUACUGGUCUCAUUCCUGUCACCCUCUUCGCCACCAUGUCGCUGCUCAGUGUCACGACUCUUCUAGUCUUCAUCACACAUCGAUUGGUGAGCUGGCGAAAGCACUACAGAGAGUAUGUCGGGUACAACCAAUAUGUCAUUCUUAUCUACAAUCUCCUGCUGGCGGAUCUCCAGCAGGCGAUCGCAUUCGUCAUGUCGUUCCACUGGCUUCGCAUCAACAAGAUAUUGGCUCCAACUGCGCCUUGUUUUAUCCAAGCAUGGUUCUUGCAGAUUGGGGAUGUAUCGAGCGGCUUCUUCGUCCUCGCUAUUGCGGUUCACACGUGGCUGGGUGUCGUCAAAGGCUACAAGAUGCCAUACAAGUGGUUCGUCGUUUCGAUCCUGUGCCUGUGGGGGUUCGCCUUGCUGUUAACUGUUCUGGGCCCGCUCAUGUACCGGGAUCGAUACUUUGGACGAGCGGGUGGAUGGUGCUGGGUAUCCACUGACUACCAGAGCGAACGCCUGUGGCUUCACUACCUCUGGAUCUUCAUUGUCGAAUUCGGCACGAUAGGCAUCUACGGCCACAUCUUCAUCCACCUCCGUGGCCGCAUCCAAACCAUUAUGAACAACAACACCACGAAGCUGACCCGCGCAACGAAGUUCAUGGUCAUGUACCCAGCCGUCUAUGUUAUCCUCACGCUCCCUAUCGCAGUCGGCCGCAUGGUCGCCAUGACCGGAACUGCCAUGCCCGAUGUCUUCUUCUGCAUCGCCGGCUCGCUACUCACAUCCUGUGGCUGGAUCGACGCGCUCCUGUACACACUGACCCGGCGCAUUCUCGUCACCAACGAAAUCUCCACCGCCCAGUACAACCGCACCGUCGUCACAAUGAUCAACACCAAUAACACUGGCGCCCGACCCGGCGAUCUCGAACACUACGGACUCACGUCUAUGGAUAAGGACAUACCCGCGCGCUCCGUCACCAUCGUCGGCGGCAGCAAUAGGCUGUCGCGCAUGGUGGACGGCCGCCUCGGCCGCACCCAGACCCGCAAAUCCCACAUGGAUUCGGUACGCGAGGACAGCCCGACAGGCAGCCAGGACUCGAUCAUCAAAGGGAGCCCGCUGGGCGACGGCAUCACCGUGCAAGUCGAAACCAACAUCCACGUUUCGAGCGCAGACGACGACGCGGUAUCGCCGAUGCGCGAGCAAAGCCACAGUGCUCUGCAGCCGCAUGCACGGUGAGCCGGGGCGGGGGUGGGGCUGAGUCGGUAGAUCGUGGACGCGGGCAGAGCAUCGAUUGUGGGGACAAAGGAGCGGCUCCCGCGGAUGGUCGCGGGGAGG